AUGUCCUCCUGGGGUGUCAUUGAAUGCAGGGCUGAGCCAGGGUCUCCCUGGACCUCAGCUAGAGGCCCACUCACCACCAGCUCCUGGAGUGCCCUCUGCGCCACCCUAGAGCGGGAAGGCCUGUCAUUCCUGGCAGCUCAGCGUGUGUUGCGGCACCAGGCGGGGCGGGGCGACCUGUACGUGUGGUCGAGAGGGGUGUGGCCAGGGCGGAAACGGAAGAGGCGGCUUUCGCGCGCUCGGCGGCGGCGGCGGCGGCGGCCGGAUCCCGGAGGAGGUGGCGGCGUCGGUGGUGAACGCCCCUUUGCCUGUGACUGGCCUGGCUGCGACAAGAAGUUCGCGCGCUCCGACGAGCUGGCGCGCCACCACCGGACGCACACCGGCGAGAAGCGCUUUCCCUGCCCCCUCUGCUCCAAGCGCUUCACCCGGAGCGACCACCUGACCAAGCACGCGCGCCGCCACCCCGGCUUCCGCCCGGAACUGCUCCGGCGCCCGGGCGCCCGCAGCACCUCGCCCAGCGACUCGCUGCCCUGCAGUCUGGCGGGCAGCCCCGCGCCCAGCCCCGCGCCCAGCCCGGCCCCCUCUGGCCUGUAAGGGCCCUAGUCCAGCCCACCCUGCCGCACCCCUGCUGGGCCUGGGCCUGGAGCACCAGCAAAACGCCUGCUGUCCACAGCCCGGGGCGGGCCACGGACCGACAGCCGGUGUCCCCGACACUGGGCGGGGGGAGGGGGGGUGGCCCUUGGGAGGGGUGGCUGGGGCCCCGUGUGUGUAAAUAGCCAUGUCGGAUAACUCUCUUCCUAUGUGUUAAACAGGAACCCCAGGUGGGCAGCCGGCCGGCGCUCCCCUCCCCCCAUCGCCACCUCCCUGCUUCGGAGAGGGUGGGUCUGGGGGGAGUGGCCCAGGAAAGGGGCACGUAACCAGUGCUCAGACUUGGCCCCCCAGCCCUCCUCUCCAGGUUGGGAUGAUGUGUGCAAAGAGCCAUAGAUGAACCGGGGGUUCCCGCGGCCCCACCCCCACCCCGCCCGGGGCCCCCCACCCCACUGAAAGCCAUUGGAGACGUUCAGGGAAUCGGGGUGCGGCUCCAGCCGCCCCCAUCCGGGUAUUCAAUCUCAGGUGUCCACAGAUUCUGCCCUGCCACCCGGCUCCCCAGCAGUGGGGGCAGGGUGGGGAGGGGGAAGGCCGGGAGGGGGGAGGCAGUAGGGUCCAGGUUUUGCUCCUAAAACUGGGGUAGGGAGGGAGAGAAAGGGGUUCUUCCAAAGAGCAUUUUGACUCUCGUUUGGGGAAGGUGGAUAACACGGGCUGGGGCAGAUGCCUGCUUAUUUAUUUUCCUCUGUCUCUGCUGGUAGGAAGGAGGGGGGCAGUGAGCGGCCCCCCUCUGGGUGGGUGUGUGAGUGUGUGAGUGAGGACUGCUCCCUUCGGGGUAGAGUCCCCAGCAUUGGCCUUCCAUAGCAUCACAUGACAAUCAAUCCCUCCUGUUUGGGACCAUGACCAGUCUAUUGAGCAUCGGGCAGCCCUUCCCUGCAGGUGCCCCUGGACCAGCGGUUGAGGUCCUGCUUUGCAAGGGCAGGAAGCGUGAGGGCUGACCCCUGAACCCCAUGGGAUAGCUCGCUUUUUUUGGACCGGAUAGAAUAUUUUUUCAGGCGCCAAUCCCUUUCUUGAUCUGGGCCCCAUGGGUGGUCCAUUGUCCUCAGGGGGUGUGGGUGUUGGGGGGAAGGUCUGUAUGAUCCCUGCUUAUGGUAGGGAGGGGUAAGCGCCAUGACCCCCUCCUGGUGUCUUCCCACUGUGGCUUCGGUUGGAUUUCAUUUUGGGUAGGGACUGAGGGCCGUGCCCUAGAAUGGGACAGACCCAGGGUCCCUGUCCCAAGACCCUGAAAGGACCUAUCGCCCACUGUUGGCUGCAGGAGGUUUUUGGCACCCACGUGUGUUCCGGAACCCUUCUGUCUCCCCACUGGGGGCUGGGGAUCUGGAUGGCGGUGUGGACUGGACCUGCCUUGGCAGGAUCAGGGGGUGGGCGCCUGGGGUCCUGUGGAGGAGGCCAGGGAAGCCCUUUGGGGCUGGGCUGGGAAGGGUCUUCUGGCCCAGUCUCUGGGCAGAUCUUGGCAGGGCUGGCCCAUUCGUGCCCUUAAACCCUCCCUGCCAGCAGUGUUGGUGAGAUGCCUUAGUCUGUGGGGGCAGGCUGGGGUCCCAUUUUCCUUUAUGUCUUUAUGGACGUCCUCCUGAUUGUCCCAUCCCUGGCUGGUGCCUGUCCACAGGACGUGAAGUGUGGGUCUGAGGGCCCGGGAGGCCGAGGACUCGUCCCUGGCCCCUCUCCAGUGUCCGGGGGUCUGGCCAGACCUGUGCCCCUCCUCCCCCAAGGAGCUGGAGGUCACUGGGACCUGGUUCCAGCCACUUCGCUGUGGCAUCUCAAGGGGAGGGCCCCAAGGGACUCGUGCUGUCAGGUGGCGCCCCCCCCACCCCCCACCCCCACCUUACCCUGCCCUGCCUGGCCUUUUCCUUGUAUUUAAUUAAACAAGCCCUUUUUUAAACCCGA